CGCGCCGCUGAAUGAAGGGCUGGGGCGUCGGGAGCAGGCGAGGGGAGCGCAGCCCGCCAGGGGACGCAUCUGGCCAGCCGCGCCCGCCGGGGAAGGGGGAGCCCUAGGAAGGCGGCGAGCAGCCGCUGAGCAGCAGUCGCCGCCAGUGUCUCCUUCCAGCCUCCCGGUGCCUUUCCCAAGGACAGCUGCUCGCCGCCGCCGCCGCCUCCUGCUCCGGCAGCGCCAGCCUGCAUCGCGCCCAGGGGCCCCGGCGGCAGGUGCCUGCCCAUCGCUCUCCGCCCGUCCCCGGAGCAGCGAGCAGCGCCCUCCUCCCAGAUCCCACGGGGAGUCCCGCAGCCUCCCGCGGGCGGGGCUGAGCCCCUCCGCCUCCCACCUGCCCUCCGCCGUCGCCCCCAUCUCGCCUCCCGAGGCCCCCGCAGUAGCCAAGACGCCGCGGGCCGUGCUCCGAGUGAAGAAUGGGGCGUCGAAGCUGCCCAAGCCGCAGGCGGCGGCCGAGGCCCCCGGCAGCGCCCCCGGCCCGGGGCUCUUCAUGGAGCGCUCGCAGAGCCGCCUCAGCCUGUCCGCCUCCUUCGAGGCCCUGGCCAUCUACUUCCCCUGCAUGAACAGCUUUGACGAGGAGGACGCGGACGGGGAUGGCCGGAGACUCAAAGGUGCUAUCCAACGGAGCACAGAAACUGGUCUGGCUGUCGAAAUGCCAAGCCGGACGGUCCGUCAAGCCAGCCAUGAAUCCAUUGAAGACAGUAUGAACAGCUAUGGAUCUGAAGGAAACUUGAAUUUCAGUGGAAUCCAUCUGGCAUCUGCCGGGCAGUUUAGUGACUUCCUGGGGAGCAUGGGUCCUGCACAAUUUGUUGGUCGUCAGACCUUGGCCACCACCUCCAUGGGAGAUGUGGAAAUUGGUUUACAGGAGCGAAAUGGACAGCUAGAAGUGGAUAUCAUUCAGGCACGAGGACUGACCCCCAAACCUGGCUCCAAAACCCUUCCAGCUGCUUACAUCAAGGCAUAUCUACUAGAAAAUGGAGUGUGCAUUGCAAAAAAGAAGACAAAAGUGGCUCGAAAAUCAUUAGACCCCCUGUACAACCAGGUGUUGCUGUUUGCGGAGAGCCCACAAGGCAAAGUAUUACAGGUGAGGCAGCAGCUCUGCCCUGAGAAAGCUGCAAUAUUCUGCUAAUACAGAUACUAUGGGAGGAAGCUGGAAGCUGCUAGGGAUUAGCCAGAUGGCACCAUUCAUCUUCAGUCAUCAUCAUCAUCACGCUCAUCCUCUUCUCUGCAGAACCGAGGCCUCACUCUGAGGUCACUGAUCGCCCUCUGUCUUGAACCAAAUGGGACCGUUUUGAUUGUGUACAAGCUUCCAGUUUGUUUGUUUGUUUCACUGCGAUGGCCCUUGCUGCGCCUGUUGUAUCAUCCAUUGUGUCGUAAGUGUGAUUCCGCUUUCACCGCCGCCUGUGUCCUUGUCAGCCCUUUCUCAUUAGGUCUCCCUUGUAGUCUUGGAGACUUUCUUCCCCCUGUCUAUUCUCCUUUCUCUCCAUGUAACUCCAAGCAUGCAUCUUGUAUUGCAGAACUCGUUUACUAAUCUGGCCCGUUCUCUGGGUGAGUAACCAUGGGUCAUCAUCGUAUGUUAUGUUUCACAAGACCUGGAUGCAAAGGCAAAUAUGGAGCUUGCUCUUGGUGCUGCUACUUAGUCCUCUGACACCUAGUGUCUAACCAUGGUUUUCCAGUUCAGUGGACCCAUUUCUGCCAUCUCUCUCAGCAGGCCUCUUCUGUGACAUUAAGUCUAUUCAAAUUCCACUGUAAUGCUUGCACAAAAGAUCACUUAAAAUACUUAAAUAUUGAUAUAAACAAGUAUAUUGCCCCCUGAAUUACAAUGUGAUGAAACUUGCACAAACAUCUGAUCCACGUACAAGAUGUUUGCACAGGAGAGGCUUCUGAGAGAGCUUAAGUGCCUAGAAUAUUUGUAUUUUUAUAAUUGUCACUUAUUCCUUUAUCUGUCACCCUUCCUUGCAUUGUAUAGUAUCUUACUCCAGGAGUCAUUCCACUGAUUCCUAUCAGAGUAGUCCUGGUAUGAUCAAUGUGAGUAAGUGUAUCAGAAUCUGGCCCUUAUUUUAGCAGAUCCAAAUGCAUCUAAAACCACUAGACUUUCCCCCCGAUUCUUCCACUCCUAAAAAAGGCUUAAAUGACUCUCACACUUUGAAGGAGAAAUGAGCAUCUGGUCUCGUUCAUGUGUGCAGCUUCAGGCUAAUGCAAAACUAAAAGAAAAAUAGAAUAUAUGGGGCCAGAUUGUUCCUCUAGAUCCACACUUGAUUUGCAGACCUCCUGUCUCUUCUCACUGUUACGGGGGGGUGGGGGGGUUAAUUGAACUCUGGCUGAAAGAUUCAGUUCUGAGAAUGAAUUCAGUAUUUUUUAAAAAUUCUUUUUUGCUGAGAUUCUUGUUAAUGGGAUUGUGCUGAUCAGCUGGCAGGAUCUGGGCCUAACCAAACAAGGGUAGGUGGCAGGAAGUACUGGUAUCCCCAUUUUACAGAUGGGGAAAUAAGGCACAGAGAGACUUGAUGUCCCUGUCCAAUGUUGCAGGGUUUGUUACAAAUUCUGCAGAAUAUUUAAACCCAAGACAAAAUACACACACACUUGAGAGCGCUCACAUUUUUUUUUCUCUGGGGGAAAACAAAUCUUACAAUCUUAAGCUUUGCAAAACCAUAUAAAACCAUAAACUUGAGGCCUACUAGACGCAGUCGGUGAUUUUGUAGCACAAGCCCAACACUUUUUCUAAAGUCUCUUACUUUAUUUUGAGUGGGGUGUGGCAAGGUGUGGAGAUUUAGGACUGUAUUUUCCAUGAUGUAAAAACUGGAUGUCUGAUCCAUAGCCCAUAAAAGUCCAGGGGAGUCUUUGCAUUUACUCGAGUGAGCUUUGGCUCUGGCUCAGUGUGAAUAUCUUUAUUUUUUUCAAAAACUAAAGUAUGAAUCUCCCGGUGCUCUUUACUUGAGGACUAACUGUGCCCCCCCCCCUCAUUUCCAAGGUGAUAGUCUGGGGGAACUAUGGACGCAUGGAGCGCAAACACUUCAUGGGAGUUGCCAGGGUUCUCUUGGAAGAACUGGAUUUGACAACUUUAGCAAUUGGCUGGUACAAGCUUUUCCCUACCUCCUCGAUGGUUGAUCCCACUACAGGUCCACUUCUGCGCCAGUCUUCACAGCUUUCCUUGGAGAGCACAGUGGGACCCUGCUGUGACAGGUCUUAAUGAGCAAGGAAGGGGGGAACUGCUUCUGUUUUUUAAACAUGCUGUCAAGGUUUUGUUUGCUGGAACUCUGACCUCAAGUGCAUUGCAUGUUCAAUCAGUUCUUGAGGAGCUGGAAGAGUGACCUUAGACAGAAGACAAGGGGGAGGGCCGUAUGCCCUCUCCAUCCAAGUAGCAGGUGCCAUGGGGCAUGAGUCCUAGUUGUGAAAUUAUACAUACACCUCUUGUUUCACUUCUCUGGCUGUCAUUCAUGCACCCCUGUUUCAGAUCAGUAUUAACCCUAAAAAAUUGCAGCAAUUUUUUUUUUGAGCAGGGGAAGAUAUUUUUCUUAAUUUUGUUUUAGAAAUUCAUAAAAUACAGGUUUUGUGGGAUUUUUGGUUUUGUUUUGUUUUUUGGGUUUUUUUAGUGAUGCCUGAAAGAUUGGAAAGCAAACAUCUGAUCUGAAAAGAGCAGGAAUGGACUGUUUAACAGGAUUUUUGAUUUUUAUAAGAUCUAUCUCCUUAAAAAUCAUAAAAAGAAAAAGAAAAAAGGAACUACAACUGAGUCUUUAGAAAAAAUUCCACAUCAAAGAAUCAUGUUAGCUAUAAAAUGAUUGUUGCCAUGGUUUUAAACUGUGCCAAAUUACCAGCAAGUGUCUUUAAUACAGUACUUGGCUAACACUGCUGCUGAAGCAUGUUCGAUGGGAAUACAAGUGGAGUAUGCUUUGGUUAGACCGGACAGUUCUAAUGGAGGAGGCGAGCUAACAAAUUAGCUGCAAUUCUGGUCACUGGAAAUGUGAGUCAAACAUCAGACUUGCAGUUUGAGAUGUCAUUUACUAGCACAUUGUCAGAUACGACGUUUCACAAUUUACAAACCUCCUUAGUUUUUGCUGCUUAUUCCUCCAUCAUGGUGGUUUCUAGCUUCUGCAUUCUGUUCCUUCUUUCUGGGUACAUAUCUUGUAAAGUGCCACCUUCCUCUGCUAACAUGCUAUACUGUUGACUGACCUGAAAUAAUACCAUUUUAUUCUACUAUAGGAAAGGAGAUUUCCUUUCUUGACAGGGUGUAGCAAAGAGAAACCUCCGUUUGCCACCCAAGAAGGAAUGCUAAUGAGACAUGCCCCUCCUCACUUUAAAAAAAAGUUGUGUUGCUUAAUGCAAUCCCAUUAACACACAAGCAUUGUCAAGUGAACCGAAAGAGAAGGAUGCCUUCCCCAAAGUACAGGCACAGGAGAGUGGCUGGGGAAAUCUAACAGACAUAGUAGUCACAGCAUGUAUAUUUUGUUGAUUUAAGAACAGCAAAAAGGCACAUCAGAUGUUAAUUGUAGAGCAAAUCCUGUAGGUUAAUGCAGUAAAGAGAAGUACUGUACUGUACAUUCGACCAACUGCUAAGCAGAGAGCAGCUUUCUCAAACUGUACCAUGUGCUAGAUUAGUGGGGUAUUUCUCUAGAUCAUUCAGGUGAUUCAAAAUCUUAUGCUUGGAGACACCCAUUCCCCAAAACUGUGGAGCAUUUUUAGGAGUCUGGAGUAUCUCAAAGAGUUCAUGGCAGUUAAGCUUUUUCUACUAGGGGUUUUUCUCAUAAUUUUUAAUGAAGACUUGACUGCUGUCUCAAAGUGGUUUGCUAUUUUAGGUGCAAGGGAGUAUUUUAUUCUGUGAUUUAAGAAUCUGAGGUCCCAUGUAAUGUUUAGGAGCCAAUGGAUUCUUGACCUGUCACUGCAAUGCACUGACAAAGCUUCUCCAUGCACACCACAAAUAAGUAAAAAUAAAGCAUCAAGUUGUAUAAGAUGGAGAACAUAGCUGCUUAUUGUUAUAUCUUAUCUGAGGGACUUAAAAUUAUUCUGAAAUAAUUACAGAAUAGUAGCAAAAAUAAUGGACCCAACAAUAUGCUUUGUAAACAUUGAUGUAAUGUUCAAGGGAGGGAGAGUACAUAAAGCUGAGAAUUUUAAGAGUCUUAAAGUGGCAAAAGCUCCAACAUUUCAGUCUGAUCUCUUAAUUUCCUUCGACAAAUAUGUCUCUAACCUCAGUCUAAUUAUUUUUUCUAACUGUAUUAGGCAAUUUCUAUAUAUUAGCUAAAGAAAGUUUGUUGCAUGCUGAUCAAACUAUGUGUUGGCUCUUUUUUUAAAAAAAGCACAUUUACCGUAAUUCAAGUCAACACCUUUUCCUCUUGGUAUGUAAUAAGUACUAGGCAAUAUUGUACAAUAUGUGUAUGAACUAGAUUAGAUUAGGUAGAUUUAGUGGUUUGUAGCACUGGAUCUUUUAAUAACUAUGUCUUUAAAAGGACUAUGGAAAAAUAUAAAUACAUUCCAAACCUGAUAAAUGAAUGACAGGGGUUCUAUCUUCAGUUACUUUGAAAAUUUUAUAUGGGUAUUUUGUUUGGAUACUCUCUACCUGUAUAACAAGUUAGUAACAUUUUAUCUGUGUCCAGUAAGAGGUAUGCAAUGUUUUUCCCAAAUCUUUUUAAUUGGGAGUGGGAGGAAUUAAAAAUGCCAAAAAGCAUCUCAAGAAAUCUCCUUUUGGGAUUAGCAGUUGGAAAGCUUGAUUCCUCCAUGAAUAGCAAAUUCCACAUUUUGGGGUCCCACCUCCUCCAAAAGCUCUCCAAGCUCAAAUGUGAUUAGUUUAGUUAAAUAUAGGACUAUUCAACUCUAUAGACGGUCUUGUUUGUGUUUUUAAUCACAUUAAAAUGUCACUGUCAGGUUAAAACUUCUAUUUUUAAAAAUAUAUAUUUUCUUUUCUCUGUUAUUUUAUUAACACCAGAAAUUAUUACAAUUGAAAACCAUGUUAACCAUCUAUUUUAUGCUGUUUUACUUAUCUUCUGCAUUUCUCACAACUUGGAUAGUGAUAAUGGACUAGUCAGUUUCAUUGUUUCUUGUGCACUAGGGAAAUGCUACAGGCAAAAAAAUGUUUUUCACUGGGAUUAAAAUAAAACAAAUCACAGAAACCCUUCUAAUGGUUCACAAUCAAAGAGCUUAAGGCCAGGGGAACCAUUAUGAUCAUCUACCUUUCUAGCAAAACCUCCUGCAUGCCUUAAGUGGGAUAAUUUCACCCAGUACUUCCUGCACUGAGCUCAAUAACAUAGUUAUAGAGAAAAUCUUGUAACUAACUAUUCUGUCUUGAUAUAAGGACUCCAAGUGAUGGAGAGUUCAACAGGGUCUUACGCUUGGAAAAGUUGAUUUUUGCAAAACCAAACUUUUUGCUCAGAUUUAACCUGACAGUGUCUUUCUAAGAUAACGUGAUAUGGUAGCUCUAACUUCUGCCCUGGUCACUUUGAGUUUGUUAAAGUAGCAGUUUACUAGAGCAUUUACAAGUUUACUAGAGCGGCUAGCAUCUGAAACCUGAACAAAGGUUGACUUGUAAAAGACAAAACAAUUGUUUUGUGUCUUAAAUCUAGAUGUUAAUUAUGUUUUGUUUUUAAGCAAAGGAAUUGAUAAUGUUUUUGAUCUGUUUCAGAGUAGCAGCUGUGUUAGUCUGUAUUCGCAAAAAGAAAAGGGGUACUCCUUUUCUGUUUUUGAUCUGUGAGUAAAGAUAAGGGGUGGGUAUGGGGACAGAUUGUUGUGUGCUCAGCACAGGGCUAAUUCUCCAUUUCUUAGCUACCUUAGCGUUCAUGGGAGGUUCAAUUGCAAAAGGAACAGGGGAUCAAUCCCUGGAUGUUACCUUGUUUGUUAUCUAUCCUUUUGCUUUAAGGAAGUGAUGAUGGUUACAUCACUAAGGGCACAAUGACCUUUUCCCAAUGCCAUGAAUAAGGAGAGCAGAAUAUUGGAAUUGAGACCUAUUGUACAGAUUUCCCGUUUGUAGUGUGAACACACUGAAGUUGUGACUAUGUGAUCAGUCCUGACUUCUUCAGGCCAAAGUGUGAUUUUUCCAAUCUCCUGGAAUUGUUUUCUCCUUGCCCUAACCCAGCUGGCAUGAUAUAGAGACAAAACAAGGUGCUGAUCAUGUAGUUGAAUCCAUUGAUUCAGAUUCUAGCACCUCCAAACAUAAGGGUUUGUCUGUGUGGAUCCAGUUGCAGGAUCAGGGCUAAACAAAAUUUUGGGCCACCCAACCUAUGCAUCCCAACUUCUUGGCAACGGAUUUUUGAAGAAAAAUCACAGAAUUCUUUGUUUGAGUGACUAUAUAUGUGUGUGUGUGUGUGUGUGUGUAUAUAUAUAUAUAUUUAAUGUUCUUAAUUACUGGAUCCUUUAUCAAGGUACUGUUUAAAAACUGUAAAAAUUUCUGGAGUCAGAAUGUCACAAGUUCGUAUAAAGGAACUAUUUAUAAUGUUGAAGCAAUUAGCAGAAUCUCGACCUAAGCAUGUUUGGUAAUGUGUGGACAGCAAGACAACUUUUUAUGAAAUUCAUUUGAAGUUAGUUUAUUAUACACUGUUAUUAAUAUUUUAAAACAGGAGAACUAUUUUUUCUUUAAUGAUUUUUAACCAACAUAAUUUAGCAUUUUCAAAAAUGUUUUAUGCUCUUGGUAUGAAGUUUACUCAUUCUUUUAAUUCAUAUGUUCUAUGUUAUAUUUUAUCAACUUAAAAAAAAAGCGCAUAUGUAAAUAAUUACCAGGAAAGAGUCCUAUAGAACAUUCUGUAAACUGAUCAUUAAAUUGUUAGAAAUAUGUUACUGUUCAUAAAGUCUCAGCUGCUAUCCAAGCCUUUGUUGAAGAAAUUGAUGUUGUAUUUUCAAAAUGAAAACUACUUAGCUAGUUUUGUCAUAACCCUGUAUUCUGUAUAAAAAUAUUUUAUAAAGAGAGUCUAAAUAGGCUAACAAGCAAUAAUAUAUUCCAUUUAAUGUGCACAGAUUGUGACAUGCAGGAUGUAGUAUAUAGUGAUAACAGUAGAUAAUUGUCUUCAUUAUUAAUUACAUCACUUCUGAAAAGAUCCAUAUUAAUUUAGAAUAUAUGGUUAAUAAAAAUGAAGAUGGGCCUAUUGCCAUGUGAGAAACGUUCAUUACAAUAUAGACAGACUCUGGGUAAACAAAUUUGCUCAUUGACAAAAGAUCUUUGCUGAAGAAUGAAACACAGCUGUAGGUGACUUCAUACUACAGUUUUUAAAACACUUUGAGUAUAAACUUUAUGAAUAUUUCAGUCUCCCUGAUUUUCUUGGACUAUUUGGAAUUUGUAACUUGAUGAGAAUGUUUUUCUACUGCCACUGCAGCCCCCACCACUGCACAGAGCUUUUCAUUCUGGGGUUAUGCCAACUCUGCUCUCUAGCUGCCUGUUUCAUUUAGAAUAUCACAGGCAAAAUAAAGGGAGAUUUUUCUGAGUAGUGUAUUGAGCUGUUCAUUGAAGGCUCUGGGGGGAGGAGGUAGAAGGGUGUUGUCCCUUAAAAAUUCCACCCAAGAUGGAGAGAGAAGGGUUGAUUUAAUGACUUUCCAAGCUCUCAGGAACAGGAUCUACUAGAUUUUAAGAAUGUUUUAACUUUAAACUCAAGAUAUAAUGCAUCAGAUAAAAUUUAGACCUCAAAAGAGAAUCUAAGCUCAAUCCAUGUAGAUUUCACAGGCCAUUGGGUACUUCAUGAAGAAAUCCCCACGUUGAUUUAAAAAUCGCCAAGCUGCUGCCGAGGUAGACUGCAGAAUCUGACAGAAUAAUACCGGGACCUCUAACCACUAGUGGAACAUUAACUAGCUAUUGGGCAGUGUCUGGAAGAUGUAAAGAGCUUUGUAAAUGCAAAGUACCAUGGUUAUAUUGUUCAAAAGAUGCACAUAUUAUAGCAGCUAUGCUUAAAAAGAUGAAGGGCCAAAUGCAGACAAAUGGUAAGCAGGUAAAGUGGAGUUGAAUCCACUUGCACCAGGGCUGAAUUUGGGCCAGACACGAAAGGGGUUUAUUGAAAUAGUCAAUAUUUACACACAAAGUAUACGCAUGCUAACUGGGAAAAUAACAUCCAGGAGAGAAUUCCUUGUAGCUUUAGUUUCAUUUAAUGCAGGAUAGCUGCUGAAAAUAAGGGGGAGACAGAGAGCAGACAACACUCUACAGAGCACCGGCAAAUACAGUUUGUUCAUCCCUUUGUGACUUACCAUAUCUAGAAAUGACAGGUUUCAGAGUAACAGCCGUGUUAGUCUGUAUUCGCAAAAAGAAAAGGAGUACUUGUGGCACCUUAGAG